GCGUUCAUCAUUACCCAGCAUCCUUUGCCCAACACAGUGAAGGACUUCUGGCGUCUGGUCCUGGACUACCACUGCACGUCCAUCGUCAUGCUGAAUGACGUCGACCCCGCACAGCUGUGUCCUCAGUACUGGCCUGAGAACGGGCUCCAUCGCCUCGGCUCCCUGCAGGUGGAGUUUGUCUCUGCAGACCUGGAGGAGGACGUCAUCAGUCGCAUCUUCAGGAUCUACAACACAGCCAGGCCUCAGGACGGGUACCGCAUGGUCCAACAGUUCCAGUUCCUGGGCUGGCCCAUGUACCGAGACACUCCCGUCUCCAAACGCUCCUUCCUCAAACUCGUCCACCAGGUGGACAAAUGGCAGGAUGAGUACGACGGUGGUGAGGGACGCACUGUUGUACACUGCCU